GCUCCUCCUUCGUCUGUUUGACGGAAUUUUUAAAUUUGGAAAUAUAUAAUUAGACAAAUUGCCAUCAACUGGUUUCAACAUCUUUAAUUAACCAUAUUAGCUUAACAAGGUAUCACCAUAUAGUUGGUGAAGGUAAGAGUUAAAUAGACUUAACACAGAUCAUAAUACCUAGAAUUCAAACCUUGCACCUUUACAGCUUUCUUUCCAUCCUUUUACCUAAAUUUAAAACUAUACUUUUGAGGGGAAGACCAUAUAUAGCUAGAUACAUCUAUAAUAUCAUCAUCAUACACCUUCUAUCCAUCAUAUCAUGAUUUCAGCUGGAUUCCAUUGGGGUGUGACCACCCAUAAUCCUGAGUCUGAUUCAAAUAAUGUUCUAGAAACAGGGUCUGAUAAUGCUAAUACCAUCUCAACUACCAGCACCAGCCAUACUAAUACUAAUCAUCUUCAUCUGCAUCAUCAACGUAAUAAUCAUCAAGCUACCACUACUACUACUACUACUGCCUUAACUUCAACUGCAUCAAGUUCUUUAUAUCAUUCCAAAAGUGUGCCUAGAACCAUACCUAAACCUCAAAUACCCUCCAUAACUAAUGAAAAGAAACGUAAAUUAGACGAACAAAAAAAUACAACAUCAUCAUCAUCACCACCAUCCACAACUUCUACAACAUCAACUUCAAGUAAUAGAAAGUAUCAUGAAUUACCUACAUCUAUUCAACGUAAUAAAAAAUCAAAAACUCCUCGUAUUUCAGGUCAAAGUUUACCCGUAUCAAGAUUAAUUGAAGUUUUAGAUCAUAAAUCAUUACAAGAUUUAUUACAAAAUUUAGUUAAUUUACAUCCUGAAAUUAAUAAUACUAUCAAUAAUUUAUCUCCUAAACCAACCAUUAAAGAUUCAAUGGAAUUAUUACAAUUCAAAUUCAAUCAAAUUUUUAAUCAUUUACCUUAUAAAUGUGAUGAAGAAAGUGAUUAUUCAUAUUUAAGAAUCAAACCUUAUUUAUCAGAAUUUUUAAAUUGUCUUUCUGAUUUUAUUUUAAAUUUCUUACCUCCUAUCGAAGUUAAUAUUGUUAAAUCAUUAAAUUUCUUACAUUUCAUUACUAAUUUAAUUCAUAAUUUACCUAAAUUCUCAUCCAAUGAAUUCCAAUAUACAAAAUUAAUGGCAUAUGAACAAAUCGCUAAUACAUGGUUAAUAGUGUUAACUCAAAAUAUCCAAGGUAUUGAACUUGAUGAUUAUUUAUUACCUGCCAUAAGUCAUUUAUCCACCAGUACUAAUAAUAUUGAUAAUGAAUCGAUUGAAAAUUCAAUUAAAUUAAUUAAAAUUGUAGAAGAAUUAGAUUUAAUUGAAAAAUUAACUAAACAUAAUGAAUUAUCAUUUGAUAAAUUCAAACAUAUUAUUGAAUUUAUUAAAUUUGAAAUUAAUCAAGUGGAGAAUUUUAAUUAUAUUUAUCAUACUCAAUUACAAAAUGGUUCAACCACCACCUCGACCAAUUCAAAUCCAACUACUAAUCCAGGAUCAGGUCCAGGGGGUGUGUUUGGAGAUUUAAUCACGGUAGAUUAUUCGAAUUUCUCCAUCACAACUCAUUCAUCGAGAUAAUAGUAAUAAUCACCCUAUAUACAUACAUACAUAUAUACAACUAUUCGUUAUAUAGAAGCACGGCUCUUUUUUUAAUUUUUUUGUUAAUAUAAACAGGUUUAUAAAUCAGGAAAGAAACAAGUUUUAAUCUACACUUUGUAAGUUUUUGUAAAGUACCAGAACAAUGAAAAAUAUAUUUAAAAAGCGAAAGAAGGAGAUGUUGAAUCUAAACAAUAUAUAUAGAUUUAUACAUUUGAGAGGAGAGGAUAAGAAAAAAGUAAUAAUAAUAAUAUAUAAAAAAAUUGCCAUACCAAAAAGAAUAAAAGAAAGGACAAAAAAGGAAGGAGAUAGAUGAUCUCGAUAGUGAGGGUAGAGACGGGUUAAUACCGAUCAGUUUUAGUUGUUAAUAUAUCAACAA